CGUCAUAUUUGCAACGACUGAAAAAAACUAUUUAUAUCGGAAUUAUUAGCCUAUUUCAGCUUUGUUUGCGAGAAAGGACAUGAUGUCGACACUUGUUGCAGUUGCCGUGGUUGCAGUCUUCUUGGCCAACGUGCCCUUUAUAACUGGAUUGCAGCUUGACUGCAUGGAACCCGGAGUCCAAGGAAGAAGAACAACGUUGAAGUGUACGGGAAUACAUCCUGAAAGUGAUGGAGCGAUGUUGCUUCUACCAAAUAACGCCAUUGCAGGAUAUUGUAGAUUUACAAGUAUUACUAGUGUCUGUAAAGGAAUAGGACGUUACGAUGUUGAGAAAGGUCCAAAUAGAGAAGUUACUUUGAUAAUAAACAGCUUUGAUCAAGCAACGGACGUUGGUGAAUGGAAAUGCGCUUCUAACACGGAUAUCAAGAAUGAACACGCGUCUUGUUUCAAGCGUGCCGUAGCAUCAGUCCCGGGAAAGAGCGGUGCCUGUACCCAUGGAGCAUCAACUUCAGUGGUUAUCUUCUGGACCAUUGUCAUACUGGCCGCAAAUCUGCAGCUUACUACUUCCAUGUUCUUCAACUAACUCAACUCUGAAGGUGGUGUUAACUGGACAAUAUUAUUAAAAGAAUGGACUGAAUAAUCGAAUAAUCUACCUGCGUUAUCGUUAACUUGUGUAUGUGUGCGCGCGUGCGUGUGUCUGUGUGUGCGCGCGUGCGUGUGUGUGAGAGAAAGUGAGAAAGAGAAGGAUGGCGAUACGUAUAAUAACAGGCCAUUCUGUCUUAGAAGUUUGUUCCUAUUUUGGGUUAAUUAAUAAAAUAAUGUUAAACAAUACAAAGUUUUUAAAACUAUUUUCAGUUAAACGAAGGGGUGCGUGGUACAUAGUUCAUUUAGGUCAAAUUUCAAACGUUAGGUAAAUUGUUAGCUAUACCAGUCGAUAUUUUCUUCUUAUGUAAAGUUUUCUUUUAUUCACUUUUCUUUAGAGUGUAAUCUCUAGAACAAAACCAGUGUCCAUUGAAUUUCUACACUGAAGCCUGAUAUUGUACAUAUCGAUAUAUAUUAUUUUUUUUAAACAUUAAAUUAUUAAUGUUAAUUGUUUUUGAGGGGUGGUGUUGCUGUUGUUUUAAUAUAUAUUAUUACACGAA